AGCAGAUGCUGCAGAUACCAUUGAAGAUGACGAUGUGUUCAGUGAGGCUGCUGGACUGCAGGAACCUGAUGAUGAUGAGAGGAGAAACCACAGCAGUGAAACAACAGAGCGAUGAUGAUGAUUUUAUUCCUUUUGACCUGAUGAAGGUGAACGGGGAUAUUCAAGAGCUGAAUGAAGUGGAUGAGAAAUUUCAGAAAGUUCAUAUUUUCAAAACUGGAGAAAAUUAUUUGAGUUGUUCAAAGACUAAAAAGAAUUGCCCACCAAAAAAGUCUCGAAGAACUGCCAAAAAUACUUUCACCUGCUCUCAGUGUGGAAAACAUUUUACAUAUAAAAUUCAUCUUAAAACACACAUGAGAGUUCACACAGGAGAGAGACCUUACAAGUGUUCACACUGUGGAAAGAGUUUGACUCGAUUACACGACCUGAAAAGACAUGAGAGAAUUCACACUGGAGAGAAACCUUACAAGUGCUCACACUGUGGAAAGAGUUUCACUCACUCACAUCACCUGAAAAUACACGAGAGAAUUCACACUGGAGAAAAACCUUACAAGUGCUCACACUGUGGAAAGAGUUUCACUCGAUCACUUGCCCUGAAAAUACACGAGAGAAUUCACAAUGGAGAGAAACCUUACAAGUGCUCACACUGUGGAAAGAGUUUCACUCAGUCACACAACCUGAAAAUACACGAGAUAAUUCACACUGAAGAAAAACCUUACAAGUGCUCACACUGUGGAAAGAGUUUCACUCAGUCAAACAACCUGAAAAUACACGAGAGAAUUCACACUGAAGAAAAACCUUACAAGUGCUCACACUGUGAAAAGAGUUUCACUCAGUCACAUGACCUGAAAAUUCACGAGAUAUUUCACACUGGAGAAAAACCUUACAAGUGCUCACACUGUGGAAAGAGUUUCACUCGAUCAAAUGUCCGGAAAAUACACGAGAGAAUUCACAAUGGAGAGAAACCUUACAAGUGCUCACACUGUGGAAAGAGUUUCACUCGAUCACAUGACCUGAAAAUUCACGAGAUAAUUCACACUGGAGAAAAUCCUUACAAGUGUUCACACUGUGGAAAGAGUUUGACUCGAUUACAGGACCUGAAAAGACAUGAGAGAAUUCACACUGGAGAAAAACCAUACAAGUGCGCACACUGUGGAAAGAGUUUCACUCAAUCACAACACCUGAAAACACACGAGAGAAUUCACACUGGAGAAAAACCUUACAAGUGCUCACACUGUGAAAAGAGUUUCACUCAGUCACAUGACCUGAAAAUUCACGAGAUAUUUCACACUGGAGAAAAACCUUACAAGUGCUCACACUGUGGAAAGAGUUUCACUCAGUCACAUGACCUGAAAAUACAUGAGAGAAUUCACACUGGAGAGAAACCUUACAAGUGCUCACACUGGAAAAACAUUGAUGUACUUGGCAGACGCUUUUAUCCAAAGUAACUUACAGUGCACACAGUGGUGGUGGCUGUGGGAAUCAAGCCAUCAACCUUCUGCUUACUAUUUCUGUGCUUUAGCCCACUACAUGACCACCGCGCCACAAACCCUGAAAAUACAUGACCCCACCCCCAUCUGCUGGCAGGUCAUCCCUGUCUACCUGGAUGAGGGAGGGGACAAGGGGAAGGAAACCAAAAAAAGUUUGUCUCACACUUUGAAAAGACUUUCACUCAGCCACAAAACCAAAAUAUUUAUGAGAGAAUCCAUACCGGAGAGAAACCAUACCAAUGCUCUUCAUGUGGGAAGAAUUUCAGCCAAUUAAGUAAUCUACAUACACAUGGAAAGAUUUGCCUAAGUAGUAGAGGUCUGCAGGGGUCUUAAAAUUAAACCUGACCCGUACCCGAGAUUUUAUGCCCCGACCCGAAUCCGAAAUUGCUUAAUAUCUAAUCGAGAUUGUGAUCUUUGAAAGAUUAAUUGUUCAGCUCUAUUGGCAGCUAAUCUUGCACACCAACACCUCUUAGGUCCCAGUAUGGUGUC